AUGAGCGACGAGGCGAACGAGGACCCCGACGGCGGCGGCCUCAUUGUUUACACCAAGCAAGCGCCCCGGGACUGGGGCUUUGCCGACUACAACUCGCUGAACCAAGUGCCAAAGAUUCAGGAGUACCUCAAGGACAGCGAGCAGAUCCACAUACCGCACCGGCAGAAUCGCUUGGUGCUCUUCAACAGCAACCUCUUCCAUGAGACGCAGCGCCCCCACUUUCGGCCAGGCUACACGAAGCGUCGGAUCAACUUGACCUUCCUCUUCGGCAGGCUGAACCAUGGCAGUUUGAGCUGUGGUGAGUUGGCUCAAACAAAACUUGGCCGCGUCUUGCCGCUCUGCGGAGGAGAGGAGCAGUUGCUGGCAGUGCCCGUGGACACCGCGACCGCGAGUCGAGCUGCAGGAGCAGACCGAGAAGGAAGGGCCUACCAGAGAUUCCUACGCGAGGGCAAGCAGGUGUGCUCCGUGCGGACCUACCUGCUCACCAACUCCUCUCCCCGUUCCAAUGACUCGAGUAGCAACUCCGGCGGUUCUGGAUGUGCUACGCGCGACAUGGAGGAUGCCAAUGGCGACACGAACCCGAAUAGCUCCAACGCCUCGGCAUCCGCAUCGGGAUCGAGACAUCGAAGCUGGCAAGGGGUGAAGUCACCGAGCUGGGCAAAAAGUGAUGAGGGCAGCUCUUCCAGUGGCUCCGGUCAGCGCGCGACUGCGAAGACAGGGUACUCGAACAGCUCCAAAAGUGCGGAGAGCACCGUGGAUACCAACGCGGAGGGCAACGCUGCCUCAACCACGUCGGAAGAGCUGAGCUUUGUCCCUGGCUUAAUGCAAGACAGCAGCAGCGACGGCUCUCGCCCGGAGGCUGAGGAUUCUCCCUCCAAGGGGAUGCUGGCGAACCACGAGCUGGGAGUCUGCAAGCCGUGUCGCUUCUACUUGCUUAAGGACAGCGGGUGCCGGCUGGGGAGCUCUUGUAGCUUCUGCCACUUCUGUUCCAAGGACGAGGCCCGAGCUGCGCAGCUCCGCAUCAAGUACGAGGAUCGGCGCGAGAAGCGGCGCAAGGGCCUCAUCAAGAAGAAGUGA